AGCUGUUCUAUAUAUUUGUGUUUAUUACUAUACUAUAAUUUCUCAAAUAAUAAAAUCAUGUCAACUUUUUAUUUUGUUAUAAUUGGACAUAGUGAUAAUCCGAUUUUUGAAAUGGAAUUUACAUCUGGAAAUAAAGAAUUGCGAAAAGAAGAUCACUUGACGCAGUUCAUUGCACAUGCUGCAUUAGACUUGGUGGAUGAACACAAGUGGAAGACAGUAAAUAUGCAACUAAAAUCCAUCGAUAGAUUUAAUCAGUGGUAUGUUUCUGCAUUUGUCACCGCCAGUCAAAUACGUUUCAUUAUGGUUCACGAUGGCAAAACUGACGAGGGCAUAAAGAAUUUCUUCAAUGAAAUGUACGAGACUUACGUUAAACAUUCUAUGAAUUCAUUUUACAAAAUAAAUUCGCCUAUUAAGUCAGCUACGUUUGAAAAAAAAGCUCAAUUAUUCGGAAAAAAAUAUUUGUUAUCAUAAUUUAAGAA